GAAGAAGAGGAAAAGAAAUAUGAACAUGUUACAUUCGAAUCAUUAGGAGUUCACCCACAAAUUAUUGAUGCAUGUUACCGUUCUGGAUUUAAGAAACCAAAAGAAAUUCAAAGAGAAACUAUUCCAUGGGCAUUAAAAGGACGUGAUAUCAUUGGUUUAGCACAGACCGGUUCUGGUAAAACUGGUGCAUUUGUAAUUCCAGUACUUCAAAAACUUUUAGAACAACCUCAAGGUAUUUUUUGUUUAUGUAUUGCACCAACUAGAGAGUUGGCUUUUCAAAUUGCAGAACAAUUUAAUGCACUCGGAGCAACUAUUGGUGUCAAAACCUGUGUUUUAGUCGGUGGUAUUGACUCUAUGACUCAAUCUUUACAACUUGCUAAAAAGCCACAUAUCAUCAUUGGUUCACCAGGUAGAAUUAUUUUUCAUUUAGAAAAUACUAAAGGUUUCAAUUUACGUUCAAUUAAAUACUUUAUUAUGGAUGAAGCAGAUCGUCUUUUUGGUGCAGAUUUCGAAGAGGAAGUUAAUAAUAUUUUAAAGGUUAUUCCAAAAGAAAGAAACACAUUUUUAUUCUCAGCUACCAUGACAUCUAAAGUUGCCAAACUUCAAAGAGCCUCUUUAGUUAAUCCAGUUAAAAUUCAAGUUGCAACCAAAUACCAAACCGUCGAUACAUUAAUCCAACAAUACCUUUUCAUCCCAUUCAAAUAUAAAGAAUGUUAUCUUGUAUAUAUCCUCAAUGAAUUAGCAGGCAAUCUAACCAUUAUUUUCACAUCAACAUGUGCCAGUUCAAAUAAAGUCACACUCAUGUUAAGAAACCUUGGUUUGGCAGCUAUUCCAAUUAACGGUGAUAUGGAUCAAGCUAAACGUUUAGCAUCAUUAAGUAAAUUUAAACAAGGUACAAAAUCAAUUUUAGUCGCUACUGAUGUCGCUGCUAGAGGUUUAGAUAUUCCAAUGGUCGAUUUAGUUAUCAAUUAUGAUGUACCAACCAAUUCAAAGGAAUAUAUUCAUCGUGUAGGUAGAACUGCUAGAGCAGGUAAUUCAGGUCGUGCUAUUACUUUGGUCACUCAAUAUGACGUCGAAAUGUACCAAAGAAUUGAAUUUGUUUUAAAAAAGAAAUUAGAUGAAUUCCCAUGUCAAGAAGAUACCGUAUUAAUUUUCCUCGAAAGAGUUACCCAAGCCGUAAGAGAAGCAACUAAUAAAUUAAAAGAUAGUGGUUAUUCAAGUGGCGAUAAGAGUUCAGGCGAUGCUGAAGGUAGUAUCGGAUUUAAAAAGAGAAAAGUUGUAAAAAAGACUCAUAAAAAGAAA